AUGAGUGAGCUAGUCGGUGCAGCAUUUGGAUCGGUGGCGACGGCAGCCUCGAGCGUCGGUUGGUUCGUGCCGAUGCUAGUCGCAGCUAUAGCCUAUUUUCAAUACGAAGAGUUUAUGGAUCCAGAGGCAAGAGUCAUAGAUGUACCUACGGAAAUAAUGCUGGACAAGUACGACUUCAUAAUCAUAGGGGCGGGAUCUGCCGGGGCCGUGCUUGCAAAUCGCUUGACCGAAGUGGAGAACUGGAACGUGCUGCUUCUUGAGGCAGGAGGCGAUGAAACGGAGAUAUCGGAGGUACCGCUAAUGGCAGGAUAUCUACAGCUCAGCAAACUCGAUUGGAAGUACAAAUCGGAGCCAUCGGGAACGUUCUGCUUAGGAAUGGCUGGUGGACGAUGCAAUUGGCCCCGAGGGAAAGUACUCGGAGGAUCGAGCGUACUUAAUUACAUGCUCUACCUUCGGGGCAACAAAAAGGACUACGACAACUGGGAAGCACUGGGCAAUACGGGUUGGGGAUACAAGGACGCGUUAUACUACUUCAAAAAGUCCGAGGACAACACGAAUCCGUAUUUGGCUAACACGCCUUAUCAUUCUACCGGCGGAUAUCUGACAAUCGGUGAAGCUCCCUACCACACGCCAUUGGCUGCGGCUUUCGUAGAAGCCGGAGUUGAGAUGGGCUACGAAAAUCGAGACUUGAACGGAGCCAAGCAAACGGGCUUCAUGAUUGCGCAAGGUACGAUCCGUCGAGGAGGCCGGUGUAGCACUGGGAAGGCAUUCCUGCGGCCAGCUCGGUUGCGUCCUAAUCUGCAUGUUGCCAUGUUCUCUCACGUGACGCGUGCCAUGAUCGAUCCGGUCAGUAAAAUUGCGUUUGGGGUGGAGUUCAUCCGCGACCGGAAGUUACACCACGUGCGCGCUUCCAAAGAAGUGAUCGUGUCCGGUGGUUCGGUUAAUUCGCCCCAAAUUUUGAUGCUGUCCGGGAUUGGCCCAAAAAGCGAGCUGGCGAAGCACCGGAUUCCGCUUAUAAAGGAUCUUUCGGUAGGCGAGAAUCUGCAGGAUCACAUCGGACUCGGUGGGCUAACGUUCAUGGUGAAUCAGCCGGUGUCGAUCGUGGAGAACCGUUACCACUCGAUGUCGACUGUCUUGCAGUAUGCGGUUUUGGGCCAGGGUCCGCUAACCAUCCUUGGUGGCGUGGAAGGACUCGCUUUUGUCAACACCAAAUAUGUGAAUGCGUCGGACGAUUACCCAGACAUCGAGUUUCAUUUUGUGUCCGGAUCAACCAACUCGGACGGUGGCAAUCAGCUGCGAAAAGCUCACGGCCUGACAGAGGCAUUCUACAAUGCGGUGUUCAAACCGAUCAACAACAUGGACGCAUGGAGCAUCAUACCGAUGCUGUUACGUCCAAACAGCGUCGGUACAAUCAAGCUGCGCAGCAGCAACCCAUUCGAUUAUCCGUAUAUAUACCCGAACUAUCUGCAUGAUGAUCGCGACAUGCGCACGCUGAUCGAGGGCGUCAAGAUUGCGUAUGCUCUCUCGCGAACGCAAACGAUGCAGAAGUACCAAUCGACGCUAAGUGCGUACAAGUUCCCGGGCUGUGCGCACAUCCAGAUGUUCACCGAUCUGUACUGGGAGUGCAUGAUACGGCACUACACGUGCACGAUCUACCAUCCGGUGGGAACGUGCAAGAUGGGCCCGUACUGGGACAAGCAAGCUGUCGUUGAUCCGCAACUCCGGGUGUACGGUGUGCGCGGGUUGCGCGUCAUCGAUGCAAGCAUCAUGCCAAAGCUCGUCAGUGCCAACACUAAUGCACCAGUGAUCAUGAUAGCGGAAAAGGGUGCCGACCUGAUAAAAGACUUCUGGAUCAAGCGGGGCGUCGUUUAG